AUGUCUUUUUCUUAUGCAAGAACGCUAGUGUCCGGGUCCGUUAUUGCCGAUUUAGAGGGUGAUAAGCUUAUUCUUCCGCCUUUCGUGCUCGAGGAACUCCUUCGUACGGCCAGUCAAUCCGUACCUGGUGAUUUCUCUGAUGCACAACUUCCUUAUCCCAUAACAUUUCAGAUUACUAAUCCAAAAACACGCGUAAUAACUCAUGGAGGCGUUCUCGAAUUUAACGCAAAGGAUGAAAAAGCUUACUUACCAAAAUGGAUGCAUGAUUCAUUAUCACUUACAAAUGGUUCGGAAGUUACGAUCAGAUUGAAGGAAUUACCUAAGGGUACCUGGGCACGAUUUCGUCCAAUGAAUGUAAAUUACAAAGAAAUACCUGAUUACAGAGCUGCAUUUGAAGGAUAUUUGAGAUCUCAUUAUACGACCUUGACCGAAGGUGAAAUCUUAACUAUAAGGCAAGCUGACUCUUCAUAUCAAUUUUUGGUGGAAUCUCUUAAACCCUCCAAUGCUGUUCGGAUCGUAGACACUGACUUAGAAUUAGAGAUAGAACCACUUGAUGUAGGCCAUAAUGCCUUUAAAACAUUCAAAGGAGAUACUGAAAACGACAUACAUGUUGGAAAAACAGUAAAUGGAAAAGUUAGCAAGAAUGCUUAUGCAUAUUGGAAUGUAUUAGAAGUUGACAAACUACAUGGACUAAAUAUCGAGUUGCGGAUUCAUUCUGGUGACGCAGAUCUUAUCGUGUCCACCGUUCGUAAUCCUACAACUGACGCACACCUUUGGUCAAAUUUUGAAACUGCAUCAACGAAAAAUAUAUUCAUCCCAGCUUCAAAUUCAGAAUACGCUACUAGUAACGAGCUUGCUAUCGGUGUUCACGGAUUUAGCGAUGAACCUGUAUCAUACGAAUUGGAAAUCACAUCUGAUCAACCAUCAAAAUCCCAUGAUUCAGAAAUUACAAUAACGAGCGACGCAAACGAAAAUUCACCUGGGUAUGCUAAAUGCGACAAUUGUGGGAGUUGGAUACCUGAACGCACCAUUGCUCUUCAUUCAAAUUUUUGUCUGAGGAACAACAUUAAAUGUGAAUUAUGUGGAAAAGUAAUGUUAAAGGGCGAAGAACAAAAACACUGGCAUUGUGCAUAUUGUAAUAAGUUUGGAGACCAUCUGGAAAAAGAAAAACACAUUUUCAUAUUUCAUACUAGCCGUCAAUGUUCCUGCGGAUUUGAGGCCGAAUCGCUUCCAGAGUUAGCUCAACACAAGCGCACAACAUGUCCCGAAAAAUUAAUCACAUGUAGAUUCUGUUUUAACCUUGUUAAACAAGGUAACCCAUCAACCAAUCAACAUGAUUUGCUUGAAGGAUUAACUGCACAUGAAUCUUAUUGCGGUGGUCGUACUACUACUUGUGUAAAAUGCCACCAACCAGUUAUCUUAAAAAAUAUUGCGGCUCAUAAUAUGAUGCACGAGAUCGAAAAACAAAAUAGAAAAUUACCACCGCUUUGUAGGAAUAAAAAUUGUGUGAGAACUGCAGCAGAUAAUGUGCUUAAAUUAUGUGCAAUAUGUUUCGGUCCAUUCUGGUCGCCAACGGCAGACCCAGAAAAGAAAAUGUUGUACACAAGAGUUGCUAGGAAGUAUCAUUCACAACUGACAACUGGAUGCGGACAAAGUUGGUGCAAAAAUUUGUAUUGUGCUACAGGAAAUUCAUCACCACAAGAUCCCACUACUGCAGCAUUGUCUCUAACUCCUCUUUUAAAACAACUCCAGUCAUCCACUACGGCUUUUAUGUAUCUUUGUGUAGACGAGCCGACAACAAAAAAACGCACACUUGCAAAUAUACUAUAUAAAGGUGAAGAUGGUGGAGGCUUCGAAGGAGAGUAUGCGGACGAAUUUUGUGUCUAUUCAUUAGAAGUUGAAAAUGGUGACCUUUCGGCAGCGCGAAAGUGGUUAAUAGAUAAUGCCCCAAAUGUAAAACGGGUACCUUAG